AUGGAAGCGGCACAGCUCGAACAGCUUCUAAACAAUUUGACCACCAAUAUGGAGAAAAUUAAAUUCCAAGCUCCUGUUAUUCAAAUGGAGCAGAAUAUCCGACCUUACGAUAUUCAAUUUAUUGAAGGAAAAACCAAUCCGAGAAAAUUCCUUGAGGAAUUGGAAAAACGGUUUAACGCGAAUAAAGUGGACAAAUAUGCCAGAAAAAUCAAAAUCCUAUGCUCUAUCGUACCUACGCCCAUUGCCGAUUGGGUAACUGAGUGGUCUAAUCAAACCUAUGGAGCAGCAUGGACUAACGAAGGGAAUGUCGAUCGCUCGUUAUGCCAUCAAUUUACCAAAAAAUUUAUUACUGCUCCGUUAAAGAGGAAACUCCGCGACGAGUAUAAUAAAUUAACUUUGGGAAAAGACCAAUCGGUAAAUGAUUAUGCUAGGAAAUUGGCAGAAUACUGGCACGAUUUACAAAAUGAACCAGGAGAGGCCGAAAGAGUGGAUAGAUUUAUCCAAGGCUUACCUAAUUCAAUGAAAUUGGUUAUUUACCAACAAGGAGAGCCUGCCACUAUUGGCGAUGCUCUCGAAAGAGCUCGAAACGCCGAAUUAGCUCGUAUGUUUGAAACUGAAGACGAUAAACAAGACGUUCAUAAAAAAGGGGAAAUUUUAACCGCUCGCGAAACGUGCAAUGUUAUAAUUGCGGAAGAAAUGGCCACUAUGCAAGAGAUUGCAGAACUCCUAAGUGUCAAAAUUGCGGGAAG